CAUUAAUAUCGCUCGGGGAGGGCAGCGCCGGUGGCUCGGGACGGGCGGCGGCGGCAGCGGCACCUCCAGCUCCUCUUCCUCCUCCUCCUCGGCCGCGGCGGCAGGUGGCUCCGGAGCGCGCUGAGGCUCCGUGUCCCGGCUCCCCGCGCCGUCCCUGCCCACGCCGUCGCUCCCGGGUGGAUCGCCACGAGCCGCAAAGCUGCUGUCCACGUGGACUGGUGCUGAAAUCUCCCGCCCGGCCGCCAGAGCCUCGCCAGCCAAGCCCAGAGACAUGGCCACCAACGGCACCAAAGUGGCGGACGGACAGAUCUCCACCGAGGUCGACGCCUCCAUCACCAACGACAAGCCCAAAACCUUGGUAGUAAAAGUGCAGAAGAAGAAGACGGACCUUCCAGACCGAGACACUUGGAAAGGGAAAUUUGACUUUCUUAUGUCCUGUGUAGGUUAUGCCAUUGGCUUAGGGAAUGUGUGGAGAUUUCCGUACCUGUGCGGCAAGAACGGUGGAGGUGCAUUCCUGAUUCCCUAUUUCCUUACUUUAAUUUUUGCUGGAGUGCCACUGUUCCUUUUGGAAUGCUCCCUAGGUCAGUAUACAUCUAUAGGAGGGCUUGGAGUGUGGAAGCUUGCUCCAAUGUUCAAAGGUGUGGGACUGGCUGCUGCAGUCCUGUCCUUUUGGCUAAAUAUUUACUACAUUGUGAUUAUUUCCUGGGCCAUAUACUACCUGUAUAAUUCCUUUACCACUACCCUUCCUUGGAAGCACUGUGAGAACCCCUGGAACACCGACCGCUGCUUCUCCAACUACACCUUAGCCAACACCACCAACAUGACAAGUGCCGUGGUGGAGUUCUGGGAACGCAACAUGCACCAAAUGACCGAUGGCUUGGAAAAGCCCGGGCAAAUCCGAUGGCCGCUGGCAAUCACCCUGGCAAUUGCCUGGAUUCUGGUGUAUUUUUGUAUCUGGAAGGGGGUAGGCUGGACUGGAAAGGUGGUAUAUUUCUCUGCUACUUAUCCCUAUGUUAUGCUGCUUAUCUUGUUCUUCCGUGGUGUAACACUGCCUGGAGCAAAGGAAGGCAUUUUAUUCUAUAUAACUCCCAACUUCAGUAAGCUUUCAGACUCUGAGGUUUGGCUGGAUGCUGCCACACAGAUUUUCUUCUCCUACGGUUUGGGUCUUGGCUCACUGAUUGCCCUUGGAAGUUACAACCCUUUCCACAAUAAUGUUUACAGGGACUCCAUCAUAGUGUGCUGCAUAAACUCAUGCACGAGCAUGUUUGCUGGCUUUGUCAUCUUCUCCAUCGUGGGAUUCAUGGCCAAUGUCACAAAGAGGCCAAUUGCAGACGUUGCAGCAUCAGGCCCUGGGCUGGCGUUUCUGGCUUACCCCGAGGCAGUGACGCAGUUGCCCAUCUCCCCUUUGUGGGCCAUACUCUUCUUCUCCAUGCUGCUCAUGCUCGGCAUUGACAGCCAGUUCUGCACCGUGGAGGGGUUCAUCACAGCCCUGGUGGACGAGUUCCCCAAGCUGCUGCGCAACCGCCGCGAGCUCUUCAUCGCCGUGGUGUGCAUCGUGUCCUACGUGAUAGGGCUGUCCAACAUCACUCAGGGUGGAAUCUAUGUGUUUAAGCUUUUUGACUACUACUCUGCCAGUGGAAUGAGCCUCUUGUUCCUUGUAUUCUUUGAGUGCAUCUCGAUAUCCUGGUGCUAUGGUGUUAAUAGAUUUUAUGACAACAUCCAAGAGAUGGUGGGAUACAGACCCUGCAUCUGGUGGAAACUCUGCUGGUCCUUUUUCACUCCUAUCAUUGUGGCAGGAGUGUUCAUCUUCAGCGCCGUGCAGAUGACCCCGCUGACGAUGGGGAGUUACGUGUUCCCAAAAUGGGGCCAGGGGGUCGGCUGGUUCAUGGCCCUGUCCUCUAUGGUGCUGAUACCUGGCUACAUGGCAUACAUGUUCCUAACCCUGAAAGGCUCCCUAAAACAGCGCAUCCAAGUGAUGAUUCAGCCAAGUGAAGACAUCACCCACCCUGAGAAUGGGCCAGACCAGGCCCAACAGAGCAACUCUGCCAACAAAGAAGCCUACAUCUAAAAUCCUCUCUCGUCCAAGUACCGCUCCUCCUCCAGAAAAACAAAAAAUAUGGUUGAAUAUGACCACAAAUUCACGUCUGAGAAUAUAAUUACCUACCUCUAGUGGCAAAAAAAAAAAAUUAAAAAAAUACGUGUUAAAAAAAAAAAAAAAGCAAAAAAAAAAAAAGCAACAAGGUCAUCUCCACUCCGAGGGAAUCGCCGUGGGUUCGAUCCAGCCGUCGCGAGCUCAGAUGUUUGACAGUGUUUUUGUGUUCUCCAGCAAUCCACAGACUGUUAAUGUUUUUAUCCUUUCACAAUGAUAGUUGCAUACUUUGGAAUUUGUAAAUUGAUGUGCCAAGACCUUUUUAAUCUACCUUUUAGCACGACUAUUUGAAGUUUUGUGCUGCUGAUUUUUAGUAGUUGAUCACUAUUUCUUACCGCUGAAUCCCAAGACUGUUAUUUCUGACUUUGCAGGAGUAAAAUUAAGUUUGGUGUUGUUUUGUACAAAAAGAACGGGGUAUUUUGUAAACAAGUGAUUUCCAGCGCUAAAGUCUGCCCUUAAAAUUUGUUCCAGCUGAGGCCAUUUGAGGGAGGAAGAGACUCUUCCUUCAAUUAACAGCAGGCACAGCCUUUAUAAACAUUCCUAGUGCAAAAAUUGAGUUGUCUGUGGCAGAGCAGCCCAGCCCAAACACACUGGCUGUGCUCAGCCUUUCAGGGUGACUUUCAAGCAAGGUCAUAAAUUUCUUUAAAAAAACCUAUCUUGCUUCUUAUAAAAAGAAGAUAUCUUUGUGAAUCAAUGUCAGAGGCAUGAAUACUACUUUUAACUUUUUUAGCAAAGUAAUAGCCAAGAGCUCUUAAAGAUUCCCAGGAGUAAAAUACAAAGUAUUUGCCAUCCAAGCUCGGACUCCCUGAGCUUUUAUCAUGCUGUUAUCACUCUACUAUUAUUGCAUUGCCACCAAAA